UUUUUUGGGUAAAUUAUAAAAUGAAGCUAAUACUCUUACUCACGCUAUCUUUACUCCUCAGUAUCAGCUCCCAGUCCCAGCCAGCCUUUCUCCAAAAGGACCAGAGCCCGUUACCCCAACCUCUCACUCUAAUCUCCCUGUCCUACAAAUGAAGCUACUUCGAAAACUUCGCUAUUUUCACUUUCCUCCCUGCCAAAGACAAGAUUGAAGACGAAGACUCUGGAACCUACCUCGCUGAGUCAGGAGUGACCAACAAGAAGAUCUACUUCAGCUUCUGUAACGACUCAAAUAUUGACUGUAGUAACAUUUCGAAAGAUGCAGACCAAAGAGGGGCAGCUAUUCUGAGAGAUGAAGACACGAAGGAAUGUGUCCUUUUGACCACCCCUAACUGGAACGAAGCAGAGGUUACUUAUGUUAAUAAUAAAUUGGACAGGAGUAGAGACUACCUGAGGCUCUCCUGGGAAGGUCAGGAGCCAUGUCCGGACGAUGGGACUAGAAAUCUAGGCUUCAGCAUGGACGUGAUAUGCACUGAUGCGACUGACCCAAAAGACCUGCGAUAUUACUAUAGCGGAGGGUAUUCAGAUGGAACUUGCCAGAUAAGAACAGUUUUUGAAUCCAAACUUGGAUGCGCCAUUGUAAGCUACAGAGAAGUCUUCGAAUUUUUAUCCAAGAAUUAUUACAUUUUUGGUACUAUCCUCAUUGUUCUCGGAAUUCUUCUGCUACUAUUCGGCUUCAGAUUACUACUAGUAUCGCUAUUCUUGGGAGGAGUUGUGACAACUGUUCUGGUCGCUGCUAUAAUCGCAUUUCAAUUUAUUAUUACAAAGAACACUGAGCAAUACGUACUAUGGAUCAUUUUAGGAAUAGCCCUUGUGCUUGGAUGUAUAGUAGGAUAUGCAUUGGUGAAAUUCAAGAAGGGAGGCAUCUUUAUACUUGCUGCAAUUGCUGGCCUUUGCAUAGCACUGAUUCUUAAUAGUGCAGUGUUCAGAUAUGCACAAUCUAAAGCCCUGUUUUGGGUCGUCAUUGGGGCCUGAUCUCUCGGAUGAGGUAUUAUAAGCUGCUUUGUAGGAGUCUUCCUUUGCAUAGGAGUUACCUCUCUUAUUGGCUCAUACUCACUUGUUAGAGGAAUUUCAGUCUUCGUCGGGCAUUUCCCAGAUGAAGUAAGUUUAAUUGAGCAACUUAAAAAUGGAAUUGCCCCAAAGACAGACUAUUAUUUCUGGGGCUAUCUUGCAGGAAUCAUAGUUAUCUUUGUUAUCGGAUUCUUUAUUCAAUGGAGGUUCAGACCAAAGACAAAGAAAAAGUCCAAGAAUGGAAGGAGAUAUCAAGGUUUAUUAGAGGAUUAAUUCUUUCUGUUCCAACAAAUUGAUGAAAAA